AUGGCGGGGUGCCUGUGGCCGUGCGUGACAGGGGUGGUUGCUGGGAGUGGAGCCGGGCACAGGAAAGGGGGCUUGUUCCGCUCAAAGCCCAGGACUCCUCCGGAGGUGGUGCAGCACGUCGUGGAGCUAGUCACCUACAUCCUCGAACACAAGCAGGAAGGCUCCGGCGGCGGCAAGCGCGACACCAAGCUUGAGCACAGGAUGACAGAACUAAGCAAAAGCAUCAAGGAGAUGAAAGUCAUUCUCUAUGGAAAUGGCGAAGAAGAUCCAUGCGACCAAGCUUGCAAACAAUUGACUAAAGAGUUUUUCAAGAAAAAUGUUGACCUCUUCCGUCAACUAGUUGUUUGCCUUCCACACCUGGACUUGGAAACACAAAAAGAUGUUACUCAAGUAAUUGCAAAUUUGCAAAGGCAAAAGGUUGAUUCAAGAUUAGUCGCCUCCGAAUACUUGGAAGCUAAUUCGGAUCUUUUGGAUAUUUUGAUGUCUAGGUACGAGAACAUGGACAUUGCAAUACACUAUAGUACUCUACUUAGAUAUUGCAUACGCCACCAAGUUGCAGCAAGGUACAUUAUGGAAUCUCAACAUUUUAGAAGUUUAUUUGAUUAUAUACAGUUUCCCGACUUUAAUAUACAAUCAGAUGUCUUUAAAACGUUUAAGGAACUCAUGACACGACAUAAAUCAACUGUCGCUGAGUUCUUUUCCAAGAACUAUGAUUGGUUCUUUGCGGAAUUUAACUCAAAACUGAUAUUAUCUGCUUCCAACUAUUUCAUUCGAAGACAAGCCAUUCAGCUCUUGCGAGACAUUCUUCUAGAAAGGUCAAAUGCAGCUGUGAUGGCGCGCUAUGUUAGUUCAAAAGAGCACCUUAUAAUUCUAAUGAACCUUCUAAGGGAUCAAAGCAAAGCUAUUCAAGUAGAGGCUUUCCACGUCUUCAAGUUGUUUGUCAUUAACAAGGAAAAGCCGUCUGAGAUCACCUGUAUACUGCACGCCAACAGGAACAAGCUCCUGAGGUUCUUGAAAGACUUCUCUUGCGUGGACAAAGAGGACAAGAAGUUCGAGGCCGAUAAAGCUAGGGUCAUCUCAGAGAUCUUAACGUUGGCGAUGAAAAGCAGCAGUUAG